AUGGCCGAUGAUCACUGGCAAACAAAAUGUUUGACGAUCAGCGAAAGGACAACGUUCAUCUUUAACAAUGAGUUGUUGAGCGAUGUGAAGUUUAUCGUUCCUGUAUCGAUUAGCGAAAGCGAAAGCCAGAAGAUGAUUCCAGCUCACAAGUUUGUUCUUGCAAUCGGUAGUCCUGUAUUCUAUGCCAUGUUCUUUGGUGAAAUGGCGGAGACUAGAAAUUCUAUUGAAUUGCCCGACUGUGAGUACGAGAGUCUGUUGGAGUUGUUUCGUUAUUUGUACACCGAUGUUGUGAAAUUAACCGGAAGUAAUGUAAUGCAUGUUCUGUACUUGGCAAAGAAAUACAUGUUGCCUUCGCUCACUGAUAAGUGCAGUGCUUAUCUUCAUGAAAACCUGGAGGCAUCCAAUGUGUUCUCAAUUCUGCCGCAUACGAUGAAAUUUGAUGAUCAAGAUUUGAAAAAUCGAUGUUGGAAAGUGAUCGAGAAGCAUACAGACGAAGCUGUGACGUCAGAUGAAUUUGUCACGCUUGACCGGUCGUUAGUUGAAUCUGUUGUGAAGAAGGAAGUAUUGAAAGUAAAGGAAGCGGAACUGUUUAAGGCCGUUGAUCGGUGGGCAACAAAAGAAAUUGAAAGACAAGGUUUAAGUCCUGAUGGAGAAACAAAACGAAAAAUUAUUGGAGAGGAAGCAUUGAAUGCCAUACGGUUCCCACUUAUGUCACAGAAGGAGUUUCUGGCUGUUGUUCCAGACAGUAACAUUUUAACAACAAAGGAAAUUGUUGACUUGAUGAAGCACUAUAACAGCAUGUUAACGUCGCCUUUGCAGUUCUCGGCGUCUCCACGGACGAGGAGCGUCGCCGGUACUUGUCAUCGAUUUCUUUGUUUUAAAAAACCGGACGGUCCUCGGAACCCUUGGGGGUACAAGGGUAAAAGUGACCGCGUCUGUUUCACCGUAAACAAGGACAUUCAUUUAAUUGGAGUGGGGCAUUUUGGCUACGAGAGAUGCACCUACACCGUCAGAACUCAAUUGAUCAAUACUGUAAGUGGUUCCUGUGUUGCAAACAAAUCAGGGGUGUAUAGUUCAGAAAAAAAAUAUCAAGAGGUUACUAAUUACUACGGCUUUACUGUUUUGUUUGAUGAUGCGGUACCUAUCAAGCAAAAUAACUGUUAUGAAGUGGUCUCUCUUGUUAACGGUGAUACUUCGUGGUAUGGAAAUCAAGGAAAAAAAACUGUUGAAUGUCGUGGAGUGAUUUUUACGUUCAGUAACUCUGAAGAGAAAACUGAUUCUAACUGCACAGUCGUUGACAUGGGCCAGUUCCCUGCAUUGUUGUUUGAAGCAGAUAAUUGACUCGUGGUAGGGAAUCCGGAACCGAAUCGAACCAGUCAAUCGAACUCAGUCCAUGGAUUGAUUAGGAUUGAAUCCGGUAAUCGGAAAAAAUCGAACUCAAAAAAUGUUCACCAGGUCGAUUUUCGAACCGUCGACUAGUACAUUUAAUCGCUGUUCAAAAGACUGUUUUUCAUUAGGCUCAAUUUACGUAGUCCGAGUGCUUUUAUAUGCAACAUUGAAAGAUAAAUCCAGUGAAGCAGAGAUCAGAAGGCUAUAUACAGGCAAUAUAAAAUUAAAGUCGAAUGUCGAGUCGAAUACUGCAAUCAAAGCAAGCCCUAUGGGGCUGUUCAAUUUGAUUUUGUCGUGAAAUGUUGUAGUGGAAAGGCUUACUAGUAAGUUUUCUUAACUUCAAAGUCCAUAUGAAGCGAAAAUUGUGUUUAUUCAGUCAUGAUCUUUUCUAGUUGUUUGAGAUGUUUUGAUUGGAAGCAAGAGCCAUAAGUUAGUCUAUUUUGCCCUGAAAAUGGUUUUCAAAUCGCGCGGCCAAAAUCCCAAGUGACUUUAAACUGAUGACGUAAAUUACGUAAUUUUGGUUACUUGUUUUAGAGCGAGCGAUUCUCAAUGCACCGUUAACUGCCGCUCAUAAUACACUCAUCUUCGCAAGGGGUUUUAGCAGGGAUAAUAUAGACGGAGGGGCUUAUAACGGCAAUAGAGCUAUAGUAGUGCUUAUCAAAAUAAUUUUUUCAUUUACACGGGUCUUAGCUUUUAAACGUCAUAAUAAAUCAAAUUAAUUCCACUCCCGAGGGGCUAAGAUUCGAGUGUAUUUUUUUGUUUACAGAUAGAUCUAGAUGGGCCUGAAAGUGGGUGAGGGGAUGGGGGUCCCCGGGUAUAAGUGGGAAGGCUUAUAAACGGUAGUUUAUGGUAUGACGGAAAGGAAAUGAAAAAAGAGAAGCGUCGAGGAGGGUGAUAUUAGGUACUUUAAGAUCCAACGACGCGGGCGGCAAAGAGAACGUCAAAAAAGCGAUAGGUUCUAUAAGCAAAACAACAACUAUGCACGUGCAUCACACUUUUUUGUACAUUUCUUUGCCCGUUUUUGCACGACUACGACGUGAAAAUGCUUAAUUUCGCGUUUUAUGUAGGACAUAAACAAGCAACGACGACAUUUUAUUUCUCUUUUUGAAACUGGAUAUGGUCCCGAGGAAUUCAAUUCCGGGAAGGUUCGCCUACAUUUGACAAAGUAAGUGGGUAGGAAUAAUUACGAUAAAGACUGAAAGAAUUCAAAUUCACUUUUUAAGCGACGUUCUCAUUGCCGUCGCGUCGUUGGAUCUUAAAGUCGCUAUUGCGCUGCUGGAAUGCUAAGCAAGCAAAGUUGCACUGACGAAUACGUCGUUCACGCCUGGUACAGGGAUGCACCAUUCCCUACUGAUCUAGGCUCGAUUUCCGCCGUCUCCCGGGUCCGGUCUUUGAUCCUCCCCGAAGAGAGCUCUUUCGGGGGAUGAGUGCGGGCUCAUUUUCCCGAACAGCGGCUGGUAAUCGAGCCUAUACUGAUCCGGCUGUGAAAAAUGUUAGUUUCUACUAAAAAAAAUCUUGAAUUGGCUAAGUCGUACCAUGGAUAAUAGAAAGACGUCGUUCUUAUUAUCCAUGGUCGUACACGCGCAGCACUCACUUUAUAUUUAUAAACAUUGACUUUCGCGAUCGCGAAGGCAUCCUCUACCCAGACCCACAAACUCGAUUUUGAGUCGAUUCAAGAAGGAUUGAAAAGGCUUCCCAAGAUGGUUUGUUCCCAACUAUAUUAUCACUGAACUUUUAUCACGUGAUCCUGUAUAUUAACAUAACGCCAGUGGCUGCUCGUACGGUUGAGAGAACGCGAUGAGCAUCCAUUUGAUGUCUCUUAACUUGUACAUCUUCACUGUAUCGCUCGAUUACUUCUUGACUCGGUCUAAUCGCUAAAAGACGACCUGUAAAUAUCUUGUAAAAUAUAAAGUAAGGCAAAUAAAUUUACAACUGAGACUUCGUUACCUGUUGUGCCCAUAUAUUGAAAUCGUGGCUUUUUGUAUUUCUUUUCUGAGACUGAAGCAUGAGACUUUCCGUUCAUUUUACCCCUGUAAGCUGAUAUAUUUUACCAUUUGUCUUGACACAGUCGGAAAGCUUCAUUAACAAAUGUAAGCUUAUCGUCUAUAUUUUCAGUUAUCCUUUUUACUGUUAAUAUUAGUUAUAACAGCUUUUUACUGUUAUGAUUAGUUAUUACAGGAAAGUCUGAGAAAGGAAACAUGGAAUCUUGUACUUCAGUUUGCUCGUUGUGUAAUAGUAAUGGUCAUUGUUCUUUUUUUGCUUGACCUGUUGAAGGGAAGUCUUGCUAUAAUUUAUAUGACCUAAAACUAUAGGUCUCCGUUUGGAAAUUGUUUCAAUAUAGGAGAUAACGUGGGACAAAGAAUACCUUUUAGUAGUACCACAGGUAUACCAUCCACUAUUUGUGUUGUGUCCGGUGCAUCAAUUCUUGGGGGUGGCCCAGCUAGACACGUGACCAACCAUACCAAAGCUGCGUUUUGCUUCAAACACUACACAGUUCUACACUGAGUUACUUUUCUCUGUCCUGCCGAGAAAUAUAUGUGCCAAAUGGUCGAUGAUCACUGGCAAACAAAAUGUUUGACGAUCAGCGAAAGAACAAGGUUCAUCUUUAACAACGAGUUGUUGAGCGAUGUAAAGUUUAUCGUUCCCGCGUCGAAUAGCGAAAGCGAAAGCCAGAAGAUGAUUCCAGCUCACAAGUUUGUUCUUGCAAUCGGCAGUCCUGUAUUCUAUGCCAUGUUCUUUGGUGAAAUGGCGGAGACUAAAAAUUCUAUUGAAUUACCCGACUGUGAGUACGAGAGUCUGUUGGAGCUGUUUCGUUAUUUGUACACCGAUGUUGUGAAAUUAACCGGAAGUAAUGUAAUGCAUGUUCUUUACUUGGCAAAAAAAUACAUGCUGCCGUCGCUCGCAGAAAAGUGCGGUGAUUAUCUUCAAGAAAACCUGGAGGCAUCUAAUGUGUUCGCAAUUCUGCCGCAUGCAAAGAAAUUUGAUGAUCAAGAUUUGGCAAACCGAUGCUGGGAAGUGAUCGAGGAGCAUACAGAGGAAGCUGUGACGUCAGAUGAAUUUGUUACGCUUGAACGGUCAUUAGUUGAAUCUGUUGUGAAGAAGAAAAUAUUGAACGUGAAGGAAGCAGAACUGUCCAUGGCCGUUAAUCGGUGGGUAACGCAAGAAAUCAAAAGACAAGGUUUAAAUCCUGAUGGAGAAACAAAAAGAAGAAUUAUUGGAGAGGAAUUGUUGAACGCCAUACGGUUCCCACUGAUGUCACCGAAGGAGUUUCUUUCCGUUGUUCCAAACAACAUUUUGACAACGAAGGAAAUUUUUGACUUGUUGAAACACUAUAACGGUAUGUUAACUUCUCCUUUGCAGUUCUCGGCAUCUCCAAGGACGGGGCUCGUCGCCGGUACUUGUCAUCGAUUUCUUUCUCUUAGAGAACCGGCCAGAUAUGGUCCUUGGGGGUACGGGGGUACCGCAUUUGACCGCAUCUGUUUCACGGUAAACAAAGACAUUUAUUUAAUUGGAGUGGAGCAUUUUGGCCGCAAGGGAAGCACCUACACGGUCAGAACUGAAUUGAUCGAUACUGUGAGUGGCUCCUUUGUUGCAGACAAAUCAGGGGUGUACAGUUCGGAAGAAAAACAUCAAGAGAUCACUAAUUACUAUGGCUUUACUGUUUUGUUUGAUAAUGCGGUACCUAUCAAGCAAAAGAACUGUUAUGAGGUGGUCUCUCUUAUUAACGGUGUCCGUUCAUGGUUUGGAGAAGAAGGAAAAAGCACUGUAGAAUGCUUUGGGGUAACUUUUACGUUUAAUAACUCUGAAGAGAAAACAGACAAUAAUCAAACAGGCGUUAAUAGGGGCCAUUUUCCCUCUACUGUUAUUUGAAGUGGAUCCUUGAAACAAUACAGUGCUCGUGCUAGGCAAUCUGGAAAUGAUUUGAACCGAUCAGUUCAAUCAAAGUCUAUCCGUUCUUAAUCCGUGCAUUGAUUUCGAUUGAAUUCGGUAAUCGAACAUUAUCGCACUCAAAUAAAAUUUGGACGUUCUAUCUCCGAACUACCGAUUUGUACAAUCAAGCCUCUGUUGAAAAGGCAUUUUUUCUUUAUGGAAGCUCUAUUUACUUAAUUCAUACUUUGGACGAAAAGUUGAGGUCGAAGUAGUUCAGUUUGUACCCGGCAAUACAACCCAUAAUAUGGAGAGACUUUGCGCGACUGACUUCUGUUUUCAAACUUGACUGCAAACAUUAAACAUUGGAUUAUAAGACAUUGAUGGCCGGGUCAGGUGAACAAUUCGGUUUGACGAUUUAGUUGUAGUUUUUCUGCGUUGCAUCAUGGGAUUCUAAAAAAUCCUCUUUGUUGCACUUAAAACACCUCCUGGUCUAACCUGAUAAGUAUUUGCGCGGUAGGCCUUUUUAUUGUAGGUCAUUGUACAACUAUUACUGUUUAUAUACUUGUAUGACAACUCUAGUCUCAAGGUCCGCAGGAAUAAUUUUUUAAAUGUUUAUGACCGGUUAAAGGACUUAAUGAUAUCGAUUAUUCUGGCAGUAUUUCCAAGAAUUAAAGGUUUAAAUUGCGACAUUUUUAAAACUCCUUCAGUCAGUAUCUUUGUCAGUGUGUGACUUUACUGGGAAGAGUGUAGACUGUCUUACAUCGCCACACUGUACAUAGUAACUAGAUCACAUUGACCUGAACUAAAUUCGGUGACCAGCGCGUGUGCAGUGAAAACAAGGUUUUGGCAGAAGGGGUACUCAUUCUCGCAGGCUCAGGUGACAAUGAGUGGAUUGUUUUAUUCAAUGGCUGCAGGUGCAGGUGAGAACUUACAAUAUCAUAUUUAUAGUAACCUAAAUUUACAAUAUAAUAUUUUUUAAAUUUCAUUUUACACUGGAUUUGGUGGAUCACUCUGCUUAUUAGUAUAGAAUGAUCAUGGAAUCAUUUAAGAUAUUAGAGUAUAAAAAAAAUAAAAAUGUAUGUAAAAAUAAAAGAUAGAUGUAAGUUAGCUUGACAUACCAUAAAAUUCCGAAAAUAAGCCCCGGGGCUUAUAUUUUUCAAAGGCCCUUUUUGAGGGGCUUAUUUUUGGAGGGGCUUAUGUACGAAGGGAAAUUUGCUUUUCAAAAUCGAUUAGGCUAGAUUGUAGAGGGAAGGAAUAUACCAUUUUUGCAUUGUUUGACUUUGUAUUCGAGGGCAAAUUCCAAGUACAAACCCCCCGGUGGCUUAUAUUCGGAGGGGCGAUUUAACGGAGGGUUUUUUGCAUUACGAUUUUGAGGGGCUUAUAGUUGUAGGGGCUUUUACAUGGAGGGGCCUAUUUUCGGAAUUUUACGGUAACAUCUCUUAAAGCUAUAAAUUUUUUCAUGGAAGGUAUAAGCACAUAAAAAACGUAAAAUGUUUCAUCAAGCCAAGUUAUUGUGCAGUUGUACAAAAAACGUCAUUGUUCUCUAAUCACUCUGCAGUGAAACGAGAACAAAUCAUUUUCACUCUAGAAACCAUGAAACGCAGACAACAAUCAGGAAUAGGCAUCUCGUUUAUUGAUAGCUAGAACACGGGCAAAAUACAUGAAUAAACAUACUACAAAGUAUAGCUAACGAAGACGUAAGCUAACAAUAAUGUGUUAUUACAUGUUAGACCAUUAUUGGAAAGACUUUCUAAUUUAUAUUAUUGUUUUUUCUAUUGUUUAUGUUCUUUUAAAUGUCUUGCCAUCGCUCUCUACCCGUCAAGUGACCUUGAAUCUGCAAAGAACAGCUCAUAUACCUGAUAACAAAUAAUCACGCACUGUCAAAAUAACUCACGCGACAAAUACCAACACAUCCGUAUGCAAAGCACUGAAGCAACGUGCAUUCCUUAACGCGAGAAAAUACAUUUGUUCACAAUAGGAAAGUUAUUUUAAAAUACAUGUGAGCUUAUCCUUUUUGUUGAUAGUAUUUAUUAUUACAGGAAAGUAUGGGUUUUUUUAAGAGUGAAGUUCAUUUUUCUGAAUAUUUGUGCUUGACCUGUUGAGGGGAAGUCUUGCUUUAUAUGACCUAAACCUAUAGAUUACCGUUUGAAAAUGGUUUCAAUAUACAAGAUGACGUGGGACAAAGAAAGCCAAGUCCAUCCUUUUUCCUAUUAACGCCAAAGCAAGUGAUUACAAAUUAUUUUAGUAUUACCACAGGUAUACCAGCCCCAUUUGUUGUGUCCUGUGCAUAAAUUCUUGUGGUGGGUGACCUAUCCAAUCACGUGACCAACCGUACCAAAGCUACGUUUUGUAUAAGACAUCACACUGCACUGUGUUAGUUUUCUCUGUCCCGUCAACCAAUAAAUGUGAAAAAUGGCCGAUGAUCACUGGCAAACGAAAUGUCUGACGAUCGGCGAAAGAACAACGUUCAUCUUUAACAACGAGUUGUUAAGCGAUGUGAAGUUUAUCGUUCCUGCGUCGAAUUGCGAAAGUGGAACCCGGAAGAUGAUUCCAGCUCACAAGUUUGUUCUUGCAAUCGGCAGUCCGGUAUUCUAUGCUAUGUUCUUUGGUGAAAUGGCGGAAACUAAAAACUCUAUUGAACUGCCCGACUGUGAGUACGAGAGUCUGUUGGAGUUGUUUCGUUAUUUGUACACCGAUGAAGUGAACUUAACCGGAAGUAAUGUGAUGCAGGUUCUGUACUUGGCAAAGAAAUAUAUGCUUCCUUCGCUCGCUGAUAAGUGCGGUGCGUAUCUUCAAGAAAACCUGGAGGCAUCUAAUGUGUUUUCAAUUCUGCCUCACGCAAAGAAAUUUGAGGAUCAAGAUUUGGAAAGCCGAUGCUGGAAAGUGAUCGGGGAGCAUACAGAGGAAGCUGUGACGUCAGAUGAAUUUGUCACGCUUGACCGGUCUCUCGUUGAAUGUGUUGUGAAGAAGGAAGUAUUGAACGUGAAUGAAGCGGAACUGUUCAAGGCUGUUGAUCGGUGGGCAACGCAAGAAAUCAAAAGACAAGGUCUAAAUCCUGAUGGUGAAACAAAAAGAAGAAUUAUUGGACAGGAAUUAUUGAACGCCAUACGCUUCCCACUGAUGUCACAGAAGGAGUUUCUUUCCGUUGUUCCAAACAACAUUUUGACAACGAAGGAAAUUUUUGUCUUGAUGAAACACUAUAACAGUAUGUUAACUUCUCCUUUGCAAUUCUCGACAUCUCCAAGGACGAGGCGCGUCUGUACUUGUCAUCGAUUUCUUUCUUUUGGAGAACCGGAGAGCAGUCGUUGGGUGUACAGGAGGAAAAUAAGCGACCGCAUCUGUUUUACAGUGAACAAGGACAUUCAUUUAAGUGGAGUGGAGCAUUUUGGCCGCGAGGGACGCACCUACACGGUCAGAACUCAAUUGAUCGAUACUGUAAGUGGUUCCUGUAUCGCAAACAAAUCAGAGGUGUUCAGUUCAGAAGAAAAACAUCAAGAGAUUACUAAUUACUAUGGCUUUACUGUUUUGUUUGAUGAUGCGGUACCUAUCAAGCAAAAUAUCUGUUAUGAGGUGGUCUCUCUUGUUAACGGUAGCCCUUCGUGGGUUGGAGAGAAAGGAAAAAGCACUGUUGAAUGCUUUGGGGUAACCUUUACGUUUGAGAACACUGAAGAAAAAACAGACAAUAACAAAACAACCGUCAACAGCGGCCAGUUCCCUGUACUGUUAUUUGAAGUGGAUCGUUGA